UUCUGGGCUUCGGAAUGAAAGGAGGGAACGCAGGUGAGAAAACGAAGCAAGCAGGUGGGCAAACCGUGAGGUGAACCUGGCCCUAGCUUGGUGUGGCAGAGGCUGGAGAGAAGGCGAGGACGCUAAAGAACCGGACGGACAGUUGGCAGAGAGAGAAGUUUGCUACCAUGGAAUCACCGGAAGAGCCUGGAGCGUCAAUGGAUGAGAACUACUUUGUGAACUACACUUUCAAAGAUCGGUCACACUCAGGUCGGGUGGCUCAGGGCAUCAUGAAACUGUGUCUGGAGGAAGAGCUCUUUGCCGACGUCACCAUUUCAGUGGAAGGCCGGGAGUUUCAGCUGCACCGGCUGGUCCUCUCAGCUCAGAGCUGCUUCUUCCGGUCCAUGUUCACUUCCAACCUGAAGGAGGCCCACAACCGAGUGAUUGUGUUGCAGGAUGUCAGCGAGUCUGUUUUCCAGCUCCUGGUUGAUUAUAUCUACCAUGGGACUGUGAAACUUCGAGCUGAUGAGCUGCAGGAAAUUUAUGAGGUGUCAGACAUGUAUCAGCUGACAUCGCUCUUUGAGGAAUGUUCUCGGUUUUUGGCCCGCACAGUGCAGGUGGGGAACUGCCUUCAGGUGAUGUGGUUGGCAGAUCGGCACAGUGAUCCUGAGCUCUACACUGCUGCCAAGCACUGUGCCAAGGCCCAUCUGGCCCAGCUGCAGGGCACAGAGGAAUUUCUCCACUUGCCCCACCAUCUACUCACUGAUAUCAUCUCCGAUGGAGUUCCAUGUUCCCAGAACCCAACAGAGGCAAUAGAAGCCUGGAUCAACUUUAAUAAAGAGGAAAGAGAAGCUUUUGCAGAGUCACUCAGGAGUAGCUUGAAGGAAAUUGGGGAGAAUGUGCACAUUUAUCUGAUCGGGAAAGAGUCAUCUCGUACUCACUCGUUGGCCGUGUCCUUGCACUGUGCGGAAGAUGACUCCAUCAGUGUAAGUGGCCAAAACAGCUUGUGCCACCAGAUCACUGCAGCCUGCAAGCAUGGUGGAGACUUGUACGUGGUGGGAGGGUCCAUCCCACGGCGCAUGUGGAAGUGUAACAAUGCCACUGUGGACUGGGAGUGGUGUGCACCCUUGCCCCGGGACCGGCUCCAGCACACCCUGGUGUCUGUGCCCGGGAAAGAUGCCAUAUAUUCCCUGGGUGGCAAGACACUGCAGGAUACCCUCUCCAACGCAGUUAUCUACUACCGGGUAGGUGAUAACGUCUGGACAGAGACCACACAGCUAGAGGUGGCUGUGUCAGGGGCCGCUGGAGCCAACCUCAACGGGAUCAUCUACUUACUAGGGGGGGAGGAAAAUGACCUGGACUUCUUUACCAAACCUUCCCGGCUCAUCCAGUGCUUUGACACAGAGACAGACAAAUGCCACGUGAAGCCCUACGUGCUGCCCUUCGCAGGCCGCAUGCACGCAGCUGUGCAUAAGGAUCUGGUGUUCAUCGUGGCGGAAGGGGACUCCCUGGUGUGCUACAACCCCCUGCUAGACAGCUUUACCCGGCUCUGCCUUCCUGAGGCCUGGAGCUCUGCCCCCUCCCUCUGGAAGAUCGCCAGCUGUAAUGGGAGCAUUUAUGUUUUUCGGGACCGAUAUAAAAAGGGAGAUGCCAACACCUACAAGCUUGACCCUGCCACUUCAACAAUAACCGUCACCAGAGGCAUUAAGGUGCUGCUUACUAACUUACAGUUUGUGUUGGCCUGAGGCUGUGGCGGGAAGAGCAGCUGACUUUUGUCCUCCCCUUUUCCCAGCACCUACCCAUCCAAACUUAGAAGUCCCCAAGCUCCCAGCUGAGAGUACUGUUCUUCUUUGGCCCAUGUUCAAAAGGCUGCGCUCAGCCCUUCCCUGAACCCGUAGGGGUGGCCCUUUGGGGGCUUCCUAGACUGCUGUUGCUCCGCUGGCUGCUUGAGCUCUCUAUGCAGGCCGGCCUGUCCUUCGCCAUCCUGGUAAUCCUGUGCCUCACCACAGACUGCUUAGAGCAAGCCUCUUCCCAGAGGUCGGCACAGCCUCCCCUUCACCUGAUUAAUGUUCAAUAGAAGCACCCUGCUCCCUGAUCCCAGGACAAAAGGAAAGAUGCCCAGUCUUCCUUUUUUCUACAGCCUGCAAAAUGGCUACUUGGUAAUUUUUUCACAGAGAAUUAGGUGUUAAGAGUUUUCCUUUGGGCUUUGGUUGGGAGAAUGAACAAAGCUGAAGGUGUCCUUCACCAGCAAGAGUCAACUCUAGAAUUCUGGACAUUCUCUAUUGUUUUCUCAGCUAUCUGUCAGGAAAUAUACACUCUGGUUUGAUUUUUGGCUUACUCUAAGGAAUAAGCCAGAAAAAAGUAAAGGACUAUUUCCGAUUAAUAGCAGAAACAUUUUUGAAAUUCAAAUAUAUAAGGUCUCUACUCUUAUAAAAGCUCUAAGCCCAGCCAAGAGCUAGGAACUAUUCAUACAAAUAAAAGUUUUGAAGGGCUAUGUGUGUCUGUUUUGAAUUCUGAAGGGGUGACUCUCCAAGGGAAGCUAAUUAUAUGCGCACACAUUUCUAAGUCAGCCGCGGUCCAGACUGAAUCCCGUAUUUCCCAUU